AUGCUAGUUUUUGAACCCAACCAGCUAACUGGUCUGGGCAACGGACUUGGGUCUUCAUACGGACCAGUGGCGGACCCACAGACCCAAAUACAACUCAAGGCGGUCCUAUCCACCCUGCCGAUCGAAAGCGUUGGCCCAGUUUCUCUCGUGACUGCUUACAUUGAAAAUGCGAAUCAGCCAUCCGCGCUCCGCGCAGAACACCCUCCGUCCAAAAGACUUCCGUACUUGGAAACUCCCCACUUUAUAAGUGGCAGCUACAACAACGCAACCUGGGCCCCUUGGGAGGUGGUUAUUCAGCGUGCUCAGACAAACUACCCUAGCAGACUUCAGGACAUCGAAUUUACAAUUGGGAACGCCUCGGAUUCGCAGACUUGCGAUCAUUGUUACAACGGUCCCCUUUUUCCUGGAACUGCGUACAGGUAUGGUUUUGACGUUAGCCCAACUUCAGAUUGGCUUGGUCGUCUACACGGAAAGUGGGUCAGGGAGAACCAGGCUAGUCAACCACAAGACAUUGCGCCGAAUGUAGCCACGCCUGUAGCGAAGCAGUUUCUCGGUGACCUAAACAACUACACUAAAUAUAAGGAUCUGAUGUUGGUCUGCAUCCAACCGGCGGAGGCUGCAACUGUUGGGCCGUCAUAUGUGCCAAAAAUUGCGGCUGUUCUGGCACCAACCUUUGGAACAUUGGAGGUGCACUGGUGGAACCCAAGCAAUCAGACUGGAACAUUGUCGUCGUCGACGGCAAUUGCACUACAGUACGGGAAGCGAGCAAAUAAUUGUUCCGACACAACUGCAGCACCAUCCAAAGCGAACUGUACACUCAGCGGCCUAAGGAACUAUACAAAAUACGAGAUUUUGGUGGAGGCCUGCAUCCGACCAACAGGAGCUGCGCAGAUUAUAAACUGCACUAACAGUACUAUUUCAAUGAACCGUACUCUUCCAGGGGCUCCCGAUGCAGCCACCAAGUUGGAGGUUCAUACAACGAGCUAUGACAAAUUGGAGGUGAACUGGACGAAUCCAAGUAACAGGAAUGGUCCGCUGUCAUCAUCGAAGGCCUUUGCUCUCUUGAAGGGUCAGUGGGCAGCUGCCUGCGAGGUGAAAGCUGAGGCCUUAUCUGCAGCAAGCUGUUUGCUAAAGGGAUUAGGGGCCUUUACAGUGUACGAUGUUGUGGUAGAGGUCUGCACUGGACCAGGUGGUGACAGUAACUAUUGCAAAAAUGCGUCCUCUGCAGAUCAUCAGACGCUGCCUGGAGUUUUUCAACCGCAAGAGCUGACUGCCCUGGGCGAUGGACUUGCAAAGUCAGACACACCAGUGACGGACCCAUACACCCAGAUAAGCAUCAAGGCAGCCUUAUCCACACUGCCGACUGAAGACGUUGGUCCAUUUUCCUACGUGACGGCUUACAUUGAACCUCCAAGUCGGCCAUCCUCACACCACGCGGAUGACUCUCUGUCCAGAAGGCGUCGGCCUUCGGAGAACUCCCCAUUUAAAUACGGCAGCUACAGCAGUACUAUGCGGGACCCUUGGGAAGUUGUGAUUCUGAACAACUCACAAGGUGUCCCUGUCAAGCACGAUGACAUCGACUUCAUAAUUGGAAAUCCCUCAGAUUCACAGACCUGUGAUCACUGCUACAAUGGUCCCCUCUCCGCUGGAACUACGUACAGAAUUGGCUUAAUCGUCUACACGAAAACCGGAGCAGCAGAGACCAAACCUCAUGAAAUGUCAACAUCGCGUAAGUUGCCCAUUGCAGCCGUUUUCUGUUUCUUUUGGAGUGCACAUUUUUGCCAUGUUUGUGAUUUAUUCCUGCUAAAACCCUUGUUCCUAUCUCUUUCCUGCCGUCUAAUUGGUUCGACAAACAUACUUUACACCUAG